AACAAAAUCUAACAUAUCAUAGAAUAAAGAGCUGCAAGAUUGUUUUGAUUGAUUUUACUUUCGAUAUCUCCAUCUGUUAAUUGUACUGAACCUCCCUUUGGGAUAAAGAAAGGUAGACAACCAAGUGUAUAUAUACAAAGAAGUUCAUGAAGUUUUCAUGUUUUUUUUUUAUGUUUUUUCUUUCUUUCUCUUAAUUUAAAAAAAAAAAAAAAUUGAAGCCAAUGGAUUCCCAAUCAUGGCCUCCACCAUAUAGGAAAGACACAUAAUUGCACCCAACAAUCCUUUUCACUAUAGAAACCUGAGCUAUUUAAGCUAGCUCUCUAUUCAUCACUUCUACACCUUCUUCUUCAUCUUCCAAUAUAAAUAUCUAUCAAUCUCCAUCAACUUUUUCUCCCACAAUACCAUCUUUUAUUGUUUUUGUUUCCACACCUUCCAUUAUGGAUCCUUCAUGCACCACUUCUUCUGUCAAUGGCUUCUACAACUUGCUCACCCGAGGACUCGAAGAACUUGAUUGCUCUUUCCUUUCUUGUAACUUCAUGUCAAUCCAAUUCCUCCAAAAGGUCAUCUCUUCGCUCCGAUCCUUCCACUCCCAAUUGACCAUCUUGGUUCAAAAACUUCACCUUCCUGUAGGAGAAAAAUGGCUUGAUGAAUACAUGGACGAAAGCUCUAGGCUGUGGGAAGUCUGUCUUGUACUCAAAUCUGGCAUCUCCGGGAUGGAAAGUUUUUAUUCUUCCGCUAGCAAUAUUACUUCCUCACUUGACCAUCAUCAGCAAUUCAACCCACAAUUUUCUCUCCAGGUUAUACGGGCAAUAGUUGGCUGCCAAAGGGAAAUUGUAGUGUUGGAAGAGGAAAACAGGAAUCUGAUGCAAACAAGAGCCAGACAACUAUCACUAAGAUUUGAUGAGAAUGUUACUAUAGAAUCAAAGUUGAAUGGUUUCAAUGGCUUUCGAGGCGUUCUUUAUGCAAUGAGGAAUGUUAGUUCAUUGAUUUUAAUGAUCUUGCUUAGCGGGCUUGUAUAUUAUUGGCCUGAAUUAAGCUUUUUCCAUGGAGAGCAUGAGGGGCAUGUGAUGUUUGGGUCAACUUUCAUGGUUUCAAUUGCAAGGCUGCAUCAAAGGGCAUCUAAUGAAAUAGAAAAAAUUGGUGGGCAGCCUGGAAUUUUGCUUUAUGAAUUCAGGGAAGCCAGGAUAGCCAUGGAAGAGGUAAGAGAGGAAUUGGAAACAAUUGUAAAGUAUGGAUCAGAAGUUGAGGUCCAAGACAAGAUUGACAACUUGAAGAGUUGCUUUGGAUUGUUGAGAUGUGGGGUGGAGACUAUAAUUGGACAGAUUGAUGAUUUCUUUGAUGAAAUAGUUGAAGGAAGGAAAAAGCUUUUGGACAUGUGCACUCAUAGGUAGAUAGAUAAAGUUUGGACAUAUGCAGCUAUAGUUAGAGAGAGAAGUGAAAAUAAAAAUCCAGAAAGAAAAAGUGAAAAGAUGUGAAACUGAAAGAAUCAGUUGUUAAAGUGGCAUCAUGCCACUCAAUUUCUUCGUUUAUUUUUCCUUUUUAUUUCUCUUUUGGCCCUUUUUAACAUGUUUUUACUCUCAACUUAUUGCUCCUGUUGAAGUAAAGUGUUAGCAGCUGCGACAGUCUGGAAGUUGAGAGGUAAGGGAACUUUUUUCCAAGGAAAACCCAGAAAAGGAAAUGCCUUAAGGGAAGGGGAAUAUAAUUCUUUCUUCGAAGAAAAGCAACAUUACUGUCUAAAGAUAAGAAAACAAGAAGAAUAUAUAUAAGACAGCCAUUAGCUUUUACAGAAAGCAAGAUCUUCCAAUCCAGAGCCAGGGGGCAGAUUCUUCUCCUGUUAGAUAAAAGAAAAUGUUAUCCAGGAGGAUAAGGAAAUGAUGCUCCUUGAGUUCUUGUCUGUCCAAAAAUUAGAAUAUGAUCUUGUAUUCACUAUACAGAGGCAUGUACAUGAAGUUGAUGAGCAAUUUUUUUUAAUCUAAAAACUUGAG